AUGUCAGCAGCAAAGAAGAUAGAGAGUAUAACGUUUGAAUCAUCAAGGAAUUUCAGGUUUCGUUUAGUACUUUCAACAUUAUCAGGAACUCCAAUUAAAAUCACCAAAAUCAGAUCAAAUGAAUUGAAUCCUGGGUUAUCAAGUUAUGAAUAUUCUUUCUUAAGAUUAUUAGAUUCCGUGACUAAUGGUACUCACUUAGAGAUCAGUUACACCGGUACCACCGUUACCUAUAGACCAGGGAUCAUUACGGGGGGAGAAAUCACCCAUAAUUGUGAUAAAGGUAAACCUAUUGGAUAUUACCUCGAACCAAUGUUAUUGUUGGCACCAUUUUCUAAGAAGAAAUUCUCCAUUAUUUUCAAAGGUAUGACCAGUUUAGGGUCUAAUGAUACUUCUGUGGAUAGUUUGAAAUGGGGAGUAUUACCAUUGAUGGAUAAAUUCGGAGUAAGAGAUGUUUCCAUACAUAUAUUAAAGAGAGGAGCCCCACCUUUGGGAGGAGGUGAAGUUCAUUUAUUAUGUAACUCCUUAAUACCUCAACCUUUAACUUUACAUGCAUUAGAAGCUUCGAAAAUAUCGGCUAUAAGAGGAGUGGCCCAUUGUGCUAGAGUGUCACCAUCUAUAGUUAAUAGAAUGAUUGAUACCGCAAGAAAUAUUUUACGUCCAACAGGUGUAGAAGUUAACAUAUCAGCCGAUGUUUGGAGAGGAGAAAAUAGUGGGAAAUCCCCAGGGUUCGGUAUAACAUUAGUAGCUGAACUGAAAAAAGGAUGGAGAAUUUAUACCGAUGGGGUAGGAACUCCCGGAGCAUUACCUGAAGAUGUGGCUGAAAAGGUAGCUUAUAAUUUACUUUAUGAUUUAAAGACCAGUUGUGUGGUUGGUAAAAAUCAAUUACAAAUGGCUCUUUGUUUUAUGACCAUCGGUAAAGAAGAUGUAGGAAGAUUAUUAAUCAAUAAAGAACAAAUCGAUGAACAAUUAUUCUUUGAUUUGAAUGAUAUAAAGAAGAUUUUCGGUACGGAAGCCUUCUUAAAACCCGAAGAUUCAGAUUUCUUACUUUCAAUCAAAGGAGUUGGGUUUACUAAUGCAUCGAAGAAAAUUGCCUAA